GCCUAAAAAGGUACAAUGCAACGAAUUCAACUAAACGACAGGCCGUUUCCAAUCCAAAGCAAAAUAUCAAAUAUCAUCGCCACGUCACCUAUUCCACAGAUUUCGAUGGAAGCGGGAAGCCUUCUCCGCAGUCCAAUUCCAUGGACUCCAAAACGCCCUUUCCGACGUCGUCUCGUCCCCGCUUUCCCGCGCAGCAUCAGGGCUUCGAAUUCAGACACUCGCUACAGAGGCCCAAAGCCCAAGAGAAAUUGGGUCGCCGAUUGGGUGUCCAACAACGACGACGCCGCUCGGAGCUUGCCGAUAUACGCGGGCGGCGCCUCCCUCCUGGCCGUCCUCUUCAACCGCACCGUUUCGGACAUCGCUCUCGUCGCUGACGCCAGCAGUUCACAGUCCAGAGCUGAUUUAUUGACGUUGGGAUUGGCCGUGACCAACAUACUAGCAGGUUUGGUGUGGCUGUCGAUCAGGCCAAAAUCUAUAUCUAAGGUGAGUCCGGAAGGGGUCGAAUGCGAGCAGAUGCAUCCGAAUCUUCCCAAGACUCUACUUUCUGAGUUGUUGUGGGCAUGGGAGUCUCUCUCAAGCGUGACAUGCUGCCGGUCUCUAGUUAUAGUUUAUGAUGGCAGAUGUAUCCUUCAGAUUGGUUUUGCAGCUGAAUCUUCCAAUGGUGAUGGAAAGGCUGUGGAUGUGGAUGCUGAUAAACUGAUGCAAGGAUCACUCUAUCGAGGGGUUAUGAAAUCAGGAGUUCAGAGCUAUUUGGCCAACCUAUAUCUUUACCCUGGGAAAUCCGAGCUACCAUUUCUGCCUUCAAAUACGCAGGCAGUAAUAUUGCAGCCACUUGGAGACAAGGGGAUUGCAGUAAUUGGUGGCGACACAGUUCGAGGAUUCACAUCGUCUGAUCAGGCUUGGAUUUCAUUAAUUGGAGAGAAGCUCGAUUCCACGCUAUCAAAAUACGUGGAUAACCUCCCGUUGGCUGUACAAGAUCCAGUUUUGAAGUAAUUAAACUGUGAGGCUUAAUGAUCGUAUCGCCUUAUGCAACGGCUGUAGCCUUUAGCCAGGUUCCUCAAGCAACAGCUUAUCGUACAGAGGUUAUCGUACAGAUGAUUCUUCAGAGCUGCUUGCUGGGAAUUUGUACAAAGCGGACUCUUCAGAGCUGUAUCUAAUUCUAAACUCAAAACCGCACUUUUAUGACUAAUGCACGUAAUUUUGCUCGAUUUAUAUGGUAAGAAUGUUCAGUUAGCUGAGUUGUACUUGCGUUGUGGUUUUGCCUCCAAUUUGCCUGCUAAAACAUUUCCAAAUUCAUUUGGAUAACUCUAAUUCAAAUCCCCGUCUGUCUCUCUUGAGGAUUGAUGCGGAGCUAUAGUUGUUGCA